CGAUGAAGAUAGCGCUGCUGCAGCUUCUGAGCUCAAGGAGGACGCGAGGAAUCUACAAGCCGACAAGAUGAGAUCCAAGGCGAGAGCGAGAAAACUGGCCAAAAAUGACAGUGAAGCUCUAGACUGCAUAUAUGACACAGAACCUAAUCUCAUGACUGGCGAGAGUGCGGAAGAGGAAACAGAAGACAGCAUCAUGUCCCCCAUUGCAGUGGGGCCCAUGUCCCCUCAGCCCUGCAAUGAGGAAUUUACUCCUAAAGAAGGCUCACCCUACGAGGUGCCAGUCUACAUUCCCGAUGAUAUUCCUAUCCCUUCUGACCUGGAACUCAGAGAAUCAUCUGUUCCAGGGGCUGGCCUUGGAAUCUGGGCCAAAGCCAAAAUUCAGAUGGGAGAACACUUUGGACCAUACAACGGACUGCAGAGCGCCACGGUUAAAGACACUUAUGGAUGGGAGCAAAUGCUGAAUGAUCACAAAGAAUCUUCUCAUGACAGCUGUAUUAAAAAGGUAAUGGAUAACAUAGCCAAUGUGAAGUUCUGUUUGGAUGGAGCUCUGGAGUUCAGCGGUAGCUGGCUUAAAUAUGUACGCACAGCCCUUUCCAACCAAAAGCACAACCUGGCUGUGUGUCACAUAAAUGAAGAUCAGAUCUAUUAUAAAGCUAAUAGAGAAAUUGAAAUAGGGGAGGAGUUACUGGUUUACAUGAACGAGGAAGCUUUUCCAGAGGGCACGAUGGCACCGAAUUUGGAAGAUGAACAGAUGUACCGCUGUGAGCACUGUGACGAGCUUUUCACUUCAAAGCUGGAGUUACGGCAACAUCAGAAAUAUUCCUGCAAUAGCUGCAACUCCAUUUUUGAUUCGCUAAGUGAAGACUUCAAACAGGAGCACGAGGACAGCGAUGAGCCAGUGCAUGAAUGCAAAGACUGUGAAAAGAUCUUUCCGAGCGAGUACAGUCUUGGACAGCAUAUGAUUGUACACACAGAGGAGAGAGAGUAUAAGUGUGACCAGUGUCCCAAGGCCUUCAACUGGAAAUCCAACCUCAUUCGCCAUCAGAUGUCACAUGACAGUGGCAAGCGCUUUGAGUGUGAAAACUGUGAUAAGGUGUUCACAGACCCUAGCAACCUCCAGCGCCACAUCCGUUCUCAGCAUGUCGGUGCCCGAGCCCAUACCUGCCCUGAAUGUGGCAAGACCUUUGCCACGUCCUCGGGACUCAAGCAGCACAAGCACAUACACAGCAGUGUCAAGCCUUUCAUCUGUGAGGUGUGUCACAAAUCAUAUACCCAGUUCUCUAACCUGUGCCGUCACAAGCGGAUGCAUGCAGACUGCCGCACACAGAUCAAGUGUAAAGACUGUGGGCAAAUGUUCAGUACUACCUCCUCCCUCAACAAACAUCGCCGUUUUUGCGAGGGGAAGAACCAUUAUAAUCCCGGAGGCAUAUUCACACCGGGCAUACCAAUUACCUCCAGUCAUAUCCUAGGCAAGUCCAAGUCUCAUCCUGGCCUGAACCAUACUGGACUUGGAUUUGGUGAUUACUUCCCAUCCAGGCCCCAUCAUGCAGGGCUGCCCUUUUCCCCAGCACCCCCUGCAUUCCCAGCUAUUUCUCAUGGCUUUCCAGGGAUAUUUCCUUCCUCACUGUAUACUAGACCACCAUUGUUACCUCCAAGUCCACUUCUAAAGAGUCCACAUAGUAAUUGUCAAGAAGGAAAGCUACCUUCACUUGAUGCCCCUACGUUUUCUUUUGCGUCAUCAAUGAACAAUAGCAAUGGCAAUGUAGGAAGUGGUCUCACCAGCCAGUCAGAAGAGAAUCGAGAGUACAAACUGGACAACAAAAAUAAAAUCAAGAUUAAUGACAUGUCUGAUGGCAGUGACCUGGAUGAUGUUAACACCUCUAGCGGCACAGAUCUAGACACAACCACAGUGUCUGGCUCAGAUCUUGAUAGUGAGGCUGAAAGCGAACAGCACAAGAGCAAAAGGAAAGCAGUGCAGGAGAGCAAGCAGAAUGAGGUGCGCAGCAGUUCAGUGUCAGUCUCCAGCUCAGGAAACCUUCCUUGUGAGCACCCUUUCCCCUCCACCCAGCAUUCCUUUUUCCAGCCACCACUAGAGCAAGCACUUCCACCUUCUGGUGCCACCACGGACUCCAUUAAAGCCAUCGCCUCUAUUGCAGAAAAGUAUUUUGGCCCAGGCUUCAUUGGCUUGCAGGAGAAGAAGUUGGGCUCCUUAAACUACCAUUCCAUGUUCCCAUUCCAGUUUCUUCCUAACUUCCCACAUUCCUUGUACCCAUUUACAGACAGAGCUCUCAAUCCUGGCGUGUUAUUCAAACCUGAUCCUAAAUCCCCUCGUGAACACACACAGAAAAUCCCUACAGCCACUGGUGGUGAUUCACCAUUUGAUCUAACCACCAAACCCAAGGAGGUCAAACCUCUUCUUCCUUCCACUGUUAAAGCAGCCUUGCCAUGCAAAGCACUUCUGACCUCCAAUGAGGAACAACCUCUCGACCUCAGUAUAGGCACUCGAAGUCGAGCCAGUCAGAAUGAUGGCACACCUGAACAUCGCAAGAAUCAAGUCUAUGGCACAAACUGCAAAGCAGCAUCUACAAAUGAACACGUAGCACUAACUCAGUCCCAGAGCUUGCACCAGUCCCAAAUGCCUCAGCUACAAGCACCCCACCCUCAGCCACCUCCUCCACAGCAGCAGACAUCACUCCACUAUGCCAAGCCCUCUCCUUUUUUCAUGGACCCCAUCUACAGCAGGGUGGAGAAGAGGAAGCUAAUAGACCCAGUAGGGGCUCUAAAGGACAAGUACCUGAGGCCUGCACCACUACUUUUCCAUCCUCAGGUGUCUGCAAUGGAAAACAUGACCGAGAAGAUAGAUAGUUUUAGGACUCUGAAACUGGAUGCUUCCAGUUCCCUCCAGCACACUUCACACCCCCUUUUUAACUUCCGUUCCCCACCGCCCUCUCUCUCUGAUGCUAUCUUGCGCAAAGGCAAGGAGCGAUACACCUGCAGGUACUGUGGGAAAAUCUUUCCGAGGUCAGCUAAUCUUACAAGGCACUUACGAACACACACCGGAGAGCAACCCUACAGGUGUAAAUAUUGUGACCGUUCAUUCAGCAUCUCCUCCAACCUACAACGACAUGUUAGAAACAUUCACAACAAGGAAAAACCUUUCAAGUGUCACCUCUGCAAUCGCUGCUUCGGUCAACAGACCAAUCUGGACCGGCAUUUAAAGAAACAUGAACAUGAAAAUAUUCCAGUGAGUCAGCAGUCUGGUGGGAUUCUCUCAAAUUUAGGAAUGAAUAUUUCCUCACCAAACUCUGAGUCUGACAAUCAUGCCCUUUUAGAUGAAAAGGAGGACUCAUAUUUCUCAGAAAUUAGAAAUUUCAUCUCAAAUAGUGAGCUGAACCAAGCCUGUACCUCCUCAGAGAAAAGGGCAGAGCCAGCAGAGGACAAUUCUCACGCAGCCUCCAAACAAGAUGAAGAAGAAGAGGAGAUGGAGGGAGAUGAUGAAGAAGAGGAUGGUUCUUUAACCGAAAAGUCACAAGACGAGACUGCUUGUCUAGUCACUAUGGUGCAGGGCACUUAUGAGGAUGACGAAGAAGCAACAUCACUCCCUAUGUCUUACGAACAUACGCGCAGGUGUAUUGAGGAGGAUGCAGGCCUAUUAGAUCUGGAACCUCUGCCUGGUUUCCCCAAAGGCAUGGAAUUCCAUAAGGCUGGCGAGGAGCCAUAUGAUAUUAAAGACAUUUUUAGCACCUCAGUAGAGUCGGAGGCUCUGAAAGAAACACUAUUCAGGCAGGCUAAAACCCAGGCUUAUGCAAUGAUGCUCUCUCUAUCUGAAAACAACAACCUGCAUGCAUCCUCACAGAACUCUUUGGAUGCUUGGCUCAACAUGGGAGGAGGCUCAUCGGAAACAAGCUCCUUUCACCCCCUCAACAACAUCUAAAACAAAAGAGGGAUCAGAAUGGUCAGAGGGAGAAACCAGUGUUGCCACAUAGAUAAACUACCAAUAUGUGUGUAAAGAGGCAUGAGCUGCAGAGGUAGCACUUCAUAUUGUUGAGUGAAACAGACACGAGCACCAAUCACAGUAGAUGGGAGAUAUUCAUUCCACAGCUGUAAACAAGUAUGACAUCACUGAUCACCAGACAUAGAGCAUAUUUUUCUGUUUGCAACUAGCUACUAUAGUUCUCCAUAGGAGCUCAAGAGGAGACAUAUGAAUAAUUCUAGAAUCUCCUCUCCACCUCAUUGUCAAUUAUAUGAAUAUAACACAGACUGUUCUUGAGGCUGUAUUUUUUGUAACAUUCCCAAGGACCCUGGUUUGAGUCCAGACUGACUAGGAUCCUUUAUGUGUGGAGUUUGCCUGGUCCUUCUGUGCUGCUGUGGGUUUUCUCCAAAUACUCGACUGCAUUGCCAAUAUGCCAACAUGCCAAUCAUGGUUAAAUUGGAUAUUCUAAAUUACCCAGGUGUGAGUGUAGGUCACCGAGACAAGGUCCAGCUUGUGAAUGGAUGUUCCUGAAGAGUCAUGAGCAAGGAUGGGUAGACAGGGUAGUUAAUAUGUUUCUUUUAUUAGAUUUUACCAGAUGUUAUACAGCAUUCCUUUCUCAAAUUCGUGUACUCUAGUGAUUUACUGUUACAAAGGUUUUAGAUUAUUAAACAUCAAUAUAAGCACUUAUACAACCAUUUUCUAACUUACCCUAAAAAAAUUACUGUUGUCAAAAAUGUAUCAAAAAGGUAUAUGCUGGAAAUCAUUUGGAAACCUGUGUCAUUUUUACAAGCCCACAAAAUUAUUUUCACAUCCCUUCAAGUAACAUAUUGUAAAAGCCUUAUGCUGCUCAGAGUGCAUAGCAUUACUGUUAUUGUAAUAAUUGUUAUGCUUAGUAUUUUAGCCUUUAGUCCAAAAGUGUGUUUUUACGAGUUUAAUUAUUCUCCAGUGAUGGCAAUUGGAUUAUCUUUUCCCCCUUUUUAAUUUAGUCAUAUUAUCCUUCGAUAAAUGUUUUCCUCUGUAAACAGUAUUGUUUCUUUUCAAGCAUAUCUGUGCUUAAAUGGUAAUAUAAUUCUUUAGUGAAGGACCAAAUUUGUACAAUAUUAAUGUGUGAUGUACAAAAUAAGUUAACAUUUUGAGUGUUGUGUGCCAAAUAACUCUUUUUUUUUUUGACAAUCAUUUUUCCCUUUGUGGUCAUCACUGUCAGCAGUUACUGAUCUGUUGUUUCCUACUUACAUUUGAUGAGUGUUUAUUUAUAUUUCUUUUGAAUAUUUUAAUGACAAAAAUGAAGAAACAUGUUUCGUCAACUGUUUGAAACAAAUGAAAUUACUGAAAUGUCAUAAAGAUUUUGAAUUAGUUGUUUUUUCAAUAUAGAGAAAUGGGUUUGCCAAAAUCUAAAAUUACAAAGCAAUGCAUUUAAUUUAUUAGCACAUAAUCUUGACACCAACUGUUCCACCAUUUAGCAAUGUAAGGUGAUGAAAAUGGCGUGGUGUAUUAAAACGAAUGUUUCUAUAAAAACAUUGGAUAACUCAAAAUGGGACAUUACACAUUUUACCACAUAGUCAAAUUGAAACGAAUUACCAAGGAUCUUGGGGUUUAAACUGCAUGAUUCCCAUUUGGAUGAGAAGAGCCAUAGAGUACUGUACUCAUUACAUUAUAAAUAUCACACAUGCUUGUUUGUGUCACAGAAGAGACUCCACAAGUAACAGGUGAGCAGCAACAUUUAACAUCAAUGUAGAGGUUUCUUAGAGAUGCUCUGAUCCACAAACACACAUGUAAGCACUCGCCCAACUCUGAACUGUGAAGCCAGCGAAUGAAUUGUAAACAAUUGAUAAAUAUAAUGAAUGUGUGGAGUACAUUUCACUCCAUCAACCUUCUCUUGAAUGUCUUUUAGGGUCAUGAUUUUUUAUUUAUUCAUGUUUUUACUUUUAAUCUUACUCUACUCAUAGAUUAUUGUUUUUGAAGACUCCAUCUGCCACCCAGAAAGUGCCAUAUUGUUGGAAACACCUUUAUUGGCAUAACACAUACUAAUUUCUGCCUAGCUCUUACUAUCACUUACUGAGCUCCUGAUUUUAAUGUAGGUUUCUAGGAAAUGCUGGUUUUUACAAGCACUUUAGCAUAUAGUUCAAAACAGGUAUGUAAUGUAAAGUAAAAAAACAAGCUUUGUUGGAAUUCCAAACACAACAUUUGCUUGAUCACACAGUGGAAAAACUUGGAGCGGUGUAAUAUUUUAAUGUAACACCAGGCGGUGCUCUGUAUUACUGUAACUUGUAUAAUCUGUAUGUCCUUACUAUUAUUUACCCACACCCUUGUGUAAAAGCCUUGUUUGAUGCAUAAUAUGCUGGACAUGUAAUGGAAUUCAAAGUACUGAACAGGUCAUGUAACAUACUACUGUACUUAGGAAGCGCUGUAGGUGGUAAAGGAAUUGACCCACAUUGAACCCAUCAUGAACUAAUGGUCAAGAAUUAGCUUAAAAAUGUUAUUUUUAGCCCAUUGUUACAUUAUAGGCAAGCAUAUAAUAUUAAAAACGUUAUGGUUUAUUAAAAAAAUGUAUAGUACUUAAAAAAUAAUCCCAUGUCUGAAAAUUCAUUUCGUUUCAAAAAGAUGGUGCUUGUUUAAUUUGAAUCUAAGUUAUAGAUUGCUUAUGCUUGUUUAAAAAAAUUGCAUGAAAAAUUGUGUUUUAAAGGUCCUAUCAGUGUCCAAUUGUGAAAUGUGUAUCUUAAAUUAAAAAGAAAACAAAAUAAAAACAAUCAAUUUGUAGGUGCACUUAUUGUUCAUGUGGUUUUGUUAGCAGGUUUCAGAUGUUUUUUUCUGCCUUACAAUGGGCAAAUGGUUAUUAAACUAAACAGUACUCUUGUGGGUGAGAAUAAAUGGCAAAAUGUAAGGAUUGUAGAAUAAUAAUGAAAUUCUAAAGUUCUUUUUUAAACUUGUGAUUACUGAAGAUGUAUUUCAUGAAGACAUGAUUCUGAUGUUAAUUCUGUAGAAUAGAAAUGUACACGAAAUGUAAUCUUUGCAAUGCUAUGAAUAAUUUAUACAUGAAAUUGAUAUGCAAUAAAAACCUG